AUGUUCAGCAAGUUGCUCCUUUCAAUACAGAUUUUUCAGUGCGUCUCCAGGUGCAGCACAAAUGCAGGCUGUUUUACAGAGUUGGUUGUAGAUGGCAAACGUUUGUGUGCGAUGGAUCCAUCUUUCAACAGCACCGAAUUUCCAAAGUCUUCAUCCAGAGAAGCCCUCAUCACGUGCUCUAUGGAAUGUUUGCAAACUUCCAGCUGCCUGGCUUACAACUUUCGGUGUAACUCCAAUUUGUGCCAAAUUUUCAAUCAACCGUUGAAAUCGUUUUCUGUGAUGUCUGAUUGUCAAUAUUAUUAUAAAUCAGGAGCAGGAUUGCUUAUGAAUCAAUCUUUGCUGAUAACAGUGGACAACGAACUGGUUGAAUUUUACGUCAAUGGAAAAGCUGUGCCAGUAGCGUCGAACUUUCCAAGCGCCAAUAAUUGGAUAAUGACAGACACGUACGAACUGAGUGGAGACAUUUAUGUUCUUGCCGUCAAGUCGUUCAAUGCUGGAGGAUCAGGUGGUUUGAUAGCCAAAACAGCGGAUAACCACGUCCUGACGAACGCUUCAUGGAAAUGUACGAACGAAUUGUACCCUGGUUGGUACAAACUGGAUUACGACGAUUCCUUCUGGCCUGCUGCCUUCGUGGGCAAAAGAGAGAGAGAUCUUGUCCAUGCCAUGCCCAUCUUCAAACCUGCCCUCUGGAUCACUGAUCCAUCAGACUGUUCAAACUGCCUGGCAACUUUUUACUGUCGUAAAAACUUUAUAGAUUUUGUGCCAGCGGUAAAAUUACAAAAAAAUUCAUUGGUUGGAUCAACCUUACAGGACAAUGUCUUAUAA